AGGAAGCAACCCACAUAAUGACAGGACAUAACUGCUGGGGAUACAGCCAGAAAGAUGGACCUUCUCUAUGGUAUAAGUCUUAUCCCAUUGCCCAAGGCAGCCGUCAAUCUCCAAUUGAUAUCAUCUCCAUGCAAGCUAUCUAUGACCCCAGUUUGAAGCCUCUCAAUAUUUCCUACGAAUCGGAUUCAUCUCUUGGUAUCUCCAACAAUGGACAUUCCGUUAUGGUGGAUUUCAAGGAUGUAGAUGACAAAACAGCUAUCAGUGGAGGCCCCUUGGAAAAUCCUUAUAGGCUGAAGCAAUUCCAUUUUCACUGGGGGACAAGCCAGAAGUGUGGAUCCGAACAUACCAUUAAUGGGAAAUCUUUCCCUUGCGAGCUUCAUUUAGUUCACUGGAAUGCCAAGAAAUAUACAACGUUUGGAGAAGCUGUAGCUGCCCCAGAUGGCCUUGCCGUGAUGGGGGUUUUCUUAGAGGUUGGAGAAGAACAUGCUACUAUGAACCGAUUGACUGAUGCCUUCUAUAUGGUCAAAUUUAAAGGAACAAAAGCUGAAUUCAGAUCUUUCAACCCAAGCACUCUGCUUCCUGCUGGCAAAAAGUACUGGACUUAUGCCGGAUCUUUGACAACACCACCACUUCAUGAGAGUGUAACCUGGAUAGUACUGAAGGAAGCGAUCCAAAUAUCAGAGAAACAGAUGGAGAAAUUCAGAAGUCUUCUUUUUACGACAGAGGAAGAUGAAAAAAUCCCAAUGGUGAAUAAUUUUCGGCCCCCUCAGCCUCUUAAGGGAAGGGUCGUUCGCGCGUCCUUCAGGAAAGCCGGCGGCCACCACCAAGCCUUGCCUUUCCACCCCGCCUUCGCCGAGGGCAACCCGGCUUAUGAUCGCAGAGGCGGCAGCCCGGUGAGGCCAUCCGAGGACAAGCGAGGCCGGGCAGAGGGCGGGUCGUAUGAAUCCAAACGGGGCUGCUCCUUGCCGGCUUCUCCAACCCCCACCAAAAAAAAACCAGCCGCAAGAGCCAAACGGGUCGACACGCGGCUUUGGAGAACGUGGGUACUUGCGCGCACGUGGAGCUUUCCGUGUUUGCAGGCGCUGCGGUCCUGGGGUUGUUGGGUUUUUGACUUUGGGAAAACGGGGCUCUGA